AUAUGUUUGUAUUUUAUUUUAUGUUGUUAUUGACAAUACACAAUUUAAUCAAUAAUUUACUGAAUUUAAUGGAUUACCGCCAGUGAAGAGCAGCUAUUUUUUGGGAUAGGGACGGAGGCUGAUCACGAGCAGUGAAGUAUUGCGAAUAAUUGACACUAAGUAAGCACGAGUAAUGCAAUAUAACGAUGUACAGUGGCACCUUGUGAUGCGACUGCUUUGAUGUAUGAGUUCAGAUUCUCUGCAAAUAUACGGAGGUCCAUUGCAAAGGCCUUUUCACACUGCACUUAGCGCACAGUAUGCCACUGUCAAACACAUGAAUUGUGUAUGUCUGAGAGGACAAGAGUUUCUUCGAUUUGCUCAAUGGAAGAGCCGUAUGGCUACAAGAACACCAAAUGUCCUCCAUUAUUGUCCUUUAUUGUAUCAUGUUCCUCUUUGUUGAAUUUAGUGCUCGGUUACAGGCUGGAUUACGGUGUAGAAUUCCAACUGAACACGAUCGCAUGCUGCUGAAAAAUGACAGUGACAUUUGACAUGACAUUUGACAUUUUAACUGGAGGUAAUGUUUAACCAAAAAUGGUGCCAUGGUUAAUGAUUUCUUUCUUGUCUUCGAACAGAGAUUAAAAAAAAACAGCGGCAAACCAAAGGAUUGCAAAUUGUACCUCUCCCCUGGCAAUGACCCACACAACUGAGGAUUAAAGCGUGCCAUAGUGUGGUGCGACAUUCCCCUUUUUUUUUUUUUGCAAAUGGCUUGCUGUCUGAAGGACGAGCUCCUGUGUUCCAUCUGCCUCAGCAUCUACCAGGAUCCAGUCAGCUUCGGGUGCGAGCACUACUUCUGCCGCAAGUGCAUCACCGAGCACUGGAGCAGGCAGGAGCCGCACGGCGCGCGUGACUGCCCCGAGUGCCGGCGCACCUUUCCCGACCCGCUGCUGUCGCCCAGCCUCAAGCUGUCCAACAUCGUGGAGCGCUACUCAGCCUUUCCGCUCGACGCCAUCCUCAACGCUCAGCGCAGCUCGUACCCCUGCAAGGACCACGAGAAGGUCAAACUCUUCUGCCUCACCGACAAGAGCCUGGUGUGCUUUUUCUGCGACGAGCCGGCACUCCACGAGCAGCAUCAGGUUACCACCAUUGACGAGGCCUAUGAGGAGAUCCAGAGGGAGAUGAAGGAGCAGCUGGCUAAUCUGCAGGACAGCGAGAAGGGUCACACUGAGGCCCUGCAGCUGUUGCAAAGACAACUCACUGAGACAAAGUCCUCAGCCAAAGGUCUCCGCGCCACCAUCGGCGACGCCUUUGAGCGCCUCCACCGCUUCCUGCGCGAGCGUCAAAAGAGCAUGCUGGAAGAACUGGAGAUGGACACGGCGCGCAAGCUCACGGACAUCGAGCACAAGAUCCAGCGCUAUAGCCAGCAGCUGCGCGACGUCAAGGAGGGCAUCCAGAUCCUGCAGGAGCGCCUCAACGAGGCGGGGCGACACGACUUCCUCGAGGGGGUGUCCGUCACAUCCGAGAGGAUCAAAGGCAAGAUCCAUGAGACCAAUUUGACUUAUGAGGACUUCCCGACCUCCAAAUAUAUGGGGCCUUUGCAGUACACCAUCUGGAAGUCGCUCUUUCAGGAUAUUUCUCCAGUGCCCGCAGCCUUGACGCUGGACCCAAUCACCGCCCACCAAAGACUGAUCCUGUCCGAUGACUGUACCAUCGUGGCCUACGGCAAUCUCCAUCCGCAGCCGCUACAGGACUCGCCGCGCCGCUUCGACGUGGAGGUGUCCGUCCUGGGCGCCGAGGGCUUCGCAUCCGGCGCCCACUACUGGGAGGUGAUGGUGUCGGAGAAGACCCAGUGGAUGAUCGGGGUGGCGAGCGAAACGGUGAGCCGCAAGGGCAGCAUCCAGAUCCAACCGGGCCGCGGCUUCUACUGCAUCGUCAUGCACGACGGCAACCAGUACAGUGCCUGCACCGAGCCCUGGACCCGUCUCAAUGUCAAGAGCAAGCUGGAGAAGGUGGGUGUGUACCUGGACUACCCCAAAGGCCUGCUAACCUUUUACAACGCAGACGACAUGUCCUGGCUGUACACCUACCGUGAGAAAUUCCCCAUGAAGGUCUUCCCUUACUUCAGUCCGGGCCAGAGCCACGCCAAUGGCAAGAACGUGCAGCCGCUCCGGAUUAACACUGUGCGCCUUUAAGAGAUCCGUGUGACCGACCUCCAUUUGAUUGACCCGAUGUGGAUUUCAAAAUUGAAAAUGUUGCGUUUGAAGUGUAUAUCUGCUAUGUAAAGACUCCAUUUUAGAUCCGACGCAAAAUGGAGGCAAAGUGUUGUUUCUGUGGCUGAAAUUGGGCUGCAAUCAUCCACGUCGCUUCCAUUUAUCGCGUUUAAAGUAGUGAAUACAUUCGAAUCUAUCCAAGCUGACUUUGACCAAAAUGCCGAUUGGUCAUCAGUCAGUCAUGAUGUCCCCUGCUUUGUUUUGGUGUUUUUGUUGUUGGGGUUUUUUUCCCAUUUAGAGCCUCACUGAUGUCUGACGAUGAUGGCUGUCUGUCACUCAAGAGAACACAAAAUAGAGGCAAGGGAACGGUCUGUCACUGGAGGUUAAUCAGCCUUUGAUCAUCUGUUUUGUUCAAGUUGUUUCGGGUGAUGGGAAAGUGGGAGUUGUCAGUUUUUCCCUUGUGAAAAUUGACUCUUAACAUACCUUUUGAGUGGUCACUGAAGAUGUCUCAAAAUGGAGGCAAAGGAAUUUCCCCUGGGGUGAAAUGGGGCUGCGAUCAUCUCUUUCCUACCACUUGUUGGAGAUGGCGGGAAAGCUGGACUGGAUUCCAGCUAACAUCGGGUGGGAAGUGGACUAACUUUUCUUUCUUUUUUUCCUUGUGGCACUCCACUGAUGUCAAAUCUCUGCUGGUGGUCAGCGAAAGUGUCACAAAAAGGAUACAAGCAAUGUCCCCGGUUGUGAAAUGGGGCCUGCGACCGAUUGACCUGAGCAGAUUUGAAAGGCGGACUACUUCUUGGAUUGGUUGGCCAUUUAGUGGCAGGGUAUUUAUUUUUUUCCCCGAGUGGAACCUCACUCAUGUCGCCCACCGUCUGCACUUUCCAUGAAAAAUGACACUGCUGUUGAGGGAAAAAUGAUGCACUGGUGCCUGUACGCACCCCACACCAACACACCCCAUGAGAGUUUCUACCAUGGAUUCACAUAGGGGGAGUCCUCGGUUUACGACAGAGGCCCGUUCUUGUCCCUAACAUGAAUUGGUAGAUAAGUGGGAAUGCGGCAUAUGCGAGCACCUUACUCAAGUCUUAAUUACAGUAACUAUUUGUGUGGGCAAAAAAAUAAAUAAAACACUUAAAUAUAUAACGCAUAAAUAUAAAAUGGACACAAAAAAAACCGCCAAGUUCUGGGAGUACUUCGAGUUUGUUGCGUGACAUUCGUAACUUUGAAAACUGGUGCGCCAGUUGACUUCCAAGUUGCUCUCAUUUCAAACUGGAAAUUCCCCUUGGGAAGUAAUACAAUGCCAAUUGAUUUGUUACCAACUCUAAUAGUUGAAAUGAAGUCAAACUACUCACCCUGGUAGGACCACGUCAUGGUGUUUUCUCAGUGCCAUUUAAUGAGUUGUUGUGCUUACUGAUCCAACAGAACCUUGGCUUUGUUGGAGUUGAGUUCCGUUUCCAGUUCUGUGGUCCAACUGUGGUUUUUGAUGUAGCUAGAGAAAACCGUCUUCGUUAUGUUUAAUCGUGGCUUAGUGGUGCGAGAUAUCCCCGUUAAUCCAUGUGACAAAAUCACAGAUGAUUCGGACAUGUCAGUUGGCCCCACGUGCCCCCGAGCACCACAGGCUUAAUGUGUACACGAGUCCUAAGAGCUUCUGCUCCCACGGGCCAAAUCCAGCAUGCUGGCUGAUUUCGAUGUGUGUGUGUGUCCUUCAUUAAGCCCAUCUCGACCUUUUGGAAUUUUACGGAACAAACCUUGUCCACAAUCGUUCUUUUUGCCAUCUUGCACCUUUGUUUGUCAGCUCACGAGGAUAGUCCGACUGACAGUUUGGAAUGUUGCUUAUUUCUUUUUUUUUCUUCUGCUGAUGUUGAUUUGCACCGAUCUGUCAGGUUUACGUUUCUGAUUAGUAGAAACCAUGCGUUUGCUUUAAAAACCAACACGGGGCUCAACCACUCGGGACGCUGGAGCUGAAAGGUUACACGACUCUUGAGGCCCCCGCACCCGCACGUUGGCGACACCUCAUCGAUGUUCCCGUUGACUAUUUUGCGUCUCGCUAUUUAAAAUGCGCUAAAUGUGUGAUGCUGUGGAGGCAGCGGGGAUGGCAGAAAAACAAACAUUUAUGAAUUUAAAUCAACAUUUAAGGUUUAUGAUGUCACAUCUGACACUUUUAUGAUUCUAUUGAUGAUUGUGUCCUUGAAUGAUGGCCGCUGUGCUCCCAUCGGCUUGUAAACACUCCACUGUGGGGAAAUGUAUUUUAAUGUACAAUAAAUGACUGCUAAAAAUCCA